UUUUUCAAUCACGCCCCUUUCUAGUCAAACCUCUACAAGCUUGUCGGCCACGAUAGCUUCAGAAUGGGUGACCACCUUGAUCAACAACAGCAGAUUGGCGCAGACCCAGGCGCAGGUCUGCUGGGAGCCAUCGGAGGCCAACAUCCUGCAGGAGGACUAAUCGGAGCUGGAAAUGCGGCUGCCGGUCUACCUCAAGGAGGACACAAUGCGCAGGCAAUCGCAGAGGCAGCAGCCAACGCCGCUCUGCAAGCUCAAGUGGCAGCCAUGGCUCCAGGCGUGGAGGUCCUGCAACACCAUCAGCAGGCGGCUGAUGAAGCGGGGCUUGGUGUGCCCACGCAAGCGCAGCUACAAGCUUUCAACGUGCAAAUGCAGGAUGUCUCGUAUGAAUGUUCGUCCAAGCAGCAUCUAUUCUUCAGUCGUUGUUUCUUGCAGGAACGCAUCCGGGACGUUCUCCGCCCACCGGCAUCCAUCUCGUGGACCCCGUUGACUCUAGUGGCCGCGGCCAGGGCUUCGGACUGUCUCACAGUCCAGCAGACGCAGAAGUUGCAAGACAUGAUUAUCAAGCCCCAACUAGCCUCACAGGUGGAAACUUCUUCCCUCAAAUUGAAACAAGACGAACCUCUCACGAAAGAUGUGGUCUUCCGUGCCUUUUUCGAAGUGGCGGCAACCUGUAUGGAAGCGUCGAAUAUACCCGAGGUUGCUGA